AUGUUUGAGCGACUCAGAUUCGGAAAAUACAAUGAAGCGCUUGAAGUGAUCAUCUUGGGAUCGAUGCUAACAAGGAUGGAUGAUAAUCCGGAGCUCGGGCUAACGCUGGACGUGAUUGGGGAGACUGAAAUGAAGAAGAAAGCGAAUCGGGGAGCGAAUCCGAUUUUGACGACGAAGAACUCUUCCAACAAUCUGCUCCCUCGAAAGUUCAAGGAUGGAUCCGUCGUUGAAAAGAUUCCAAACUUCAAGCAAAAAAAUUGUCCCAUCGAUGUCACACCCGCGACAGCGACAAUUUCAAACAAUGAUGUUUACGAAUUUGAGGGGUCGUGUCACAGAAACGACGCGAAAGUUGACAAGAAAGCUGAACGACCUAAAAACGCGAAAAAGGAGAAGAAAGAAAAAACAAAGCCCGCAAUUGAGCUAAACGACAAGAAAGUGCCGGUGGCUGAAGAAACAAAUGAAGCUCAUCAAACGAACAAAGACGAAGCAGAGGCUCUUGGAAAAGUGAUCGAGAAGAGGAGACGACAAUCAAUUGAAGGUUACAUCACUCGUGAGCGUCCACCACAAGCGAAAGUGCAAAAGACAAAAAAUGAACAGGAGGCUCGCAAAAAUCUUGAAGAGUUUCAACAGCAGAGUCAACGAGCUUUAUCGCAUAAGAUGAAUGCCGAGUUUGGUGAAAGUUGCGAUAUUGUCACGAAACGAGUUCGCCCACCAAUUCACAAAGAAGACGAGCAUAAUGAUGAAAAUAUGGAAAUUAAUGAAGAAUCCGAUAACGUCUUAUCGGCAGCAAAGUGCAAUCUGAGUGCCAGAAGUGCCGAUCCGGAAGAAAUAACCAUCGAAGACGAUGAUGUUUCGAUGUCGGAUUUACACGCACCAAUGAAUUGUACUCCAAAAACAACCAAAACGAUCGACGAUAAGACUCCAAAAACAUUUCAACGACUGUCAAUUAACAAGGAAAACGAAGUUGAUUUGACGCCGACACGAAGAAUGGACACUUCCAGAAAUGUUCCAGAAGAGCCAGAAAUACUUCCUGCAAGUGUAGACAUGGAAUGUGACAAGAAUGAAUCGUUGGUCAAACAAGAGUCUUCGCAAAGUUCAGAACUGAACGACUUAUUUGAUGAUCUUGUUGAAACGCCAAAGAAGUUUAAUUCUGACGUUGCGAAUUCAUCUCUAGUUUCGAAGAAUUUGUUUCAAGAUGAAGACGAUCGAGCCAAAAUUAAAGAACCAACUGAUGAUGCAAAGUCGAAAUGGAAAGACGGCCGCUUGAUUCUCACUUGCCUCAAUCCAGAUGAAUGGGCGCCAUGGAAAGGAACCGAACUUCUAAAUGCGCAAAACGUCCACCGCAUUUCGAACUUGGAAAAAGUGUUGAAAGAGUUUAAAGCCUCUUGGUCAGUCAUUGGACUGGAAACUGGGCGGGAUUACCUGGCGUGUUUCCCUGGUAAAAAACCGGAGCCCAUUUUGGAACAUGAAUCGAUUGGACGAAGGAGCAUUGUGCUGCCUCAUAAUGAUGAAAAAUGGCCAAUUUCUGAUUACCGGAAGAAUUUGUCGUUGCGCCGUUUUUACGAGUUUUUCUUCGAAAGCAAGUUAUCCCAAGAUGAUACUGAAAAAGAAUUUUCUGAGAUAAGAUUCCUGUUCACAACCUUUCAUGGCAAUGAAAUGCAACUGCGUGGCUUAGAAAAGUUUUGGGAAAAGUGCGGAUGGCGAUACAGCAAGACAUUCCAGUACAUAUGUCGUCUUGUCAGUGAAAUGGAGGAUAUGCUUCCAAAGGAGUUACCGCUGCUCUACGCGGAUAUUCAAUCUAUGACGUUUACCCUCAAACAAUGCACAACACUCCUUGCGAUGGCCUUCCUUGGUUUCUUUCGUCCACUGAAAAGGGAGGAGUGUCCGCGUUUCGACUUUUUUGCCAUUUUCGCUAGUACUUCGCCUCUAGCGCAGCAAAAGCUGCAUUUCAUCUUUAAUUACUUUAAAGAGUGUCUUCGAUGUGAAACGGAGAAUAACGGCGAUCGAGACCAUUGUAUUACUUUUUAUCGUCGAAGACUCCGAGAAGCUGAUUUUGUGAACUGGACCCAAUCAGAUACAUUGUUGUGGAAUAGUAAUAUGGUCUUGACAAAAACGACGCCGAUCGAGGAUUAUUACAAUGCAACUCAUUUGGAUUUUGCCAAUAAGUACAUCGGUGGUGGGGUGUUAACAGAAGGAGCUGUUCAGGAAGAAAUUCGACUACUCUGUUGUCCGGAUGCGCUCGUCGCCUUGUUGUUUUCCCCGAGGAUGAAUGAUCAAGAAUCGAUUCACAUUAUUGGAGCUCCGACUAUUAGCGGUUACAAAGGUUAUUCGCAAACCCUUGAAUUUGUGCCCUUGCAAAAUAAAGAUAGAAGAGUGUACCGAGAUGUGGAUAAAUUUAAUCGAUGCAAUACGGAAAUUCUGGCGAUCGAUGCGUUGGAUCUCUAUAGCAAACAUCAAUCUUAUCAAUACAGCGGAAAGGGGAUUGAUCGAGAGUUAAACAAGGCAUUUACCGGCUUUUACAACGAGGACAACACAAAGAGAGGACGUCCGUUGGCAACUGGAAAAUGGGGAUGCGGAGCGUUUGGAGGCGAUCCAUUUUUAAAAGCUCUGAUUCAAUGGAUGGCGGCGGCUGAGUGUAAUCGGGAUCUCGUCUUCGUCGUGAUGGAUGACAGUCGAUUGGUCGACACGUUAGACGCAUACAUCGUCAUGUUCAAGAAAUUCAACAUGACUGUUGGUGCCUUAUACAAAUUGUUGCUCACCUACCAAUGGAAGCCACCAAACUCCCUUGCUCACGUUUCACUUGAACAAUACAUUAUCGAUCAGAUGCACGACUCAUACGAUGGAGAUCUAUUAAAGGCA